AUGUUUCAAUACUUGGGCUACUUCUUGGUCGGCUACACCGCGCUCACCGUCGCUUUCUACAUGCUCUCCUUCGCGGUCCCCAAGGCGGCCUUUGCAGCCCGCCUGCUGGCCUCGUACCUCUCUCUCGUCAUCUGCGCGCUCUACGGCGUCUUCGCCUCCAUCGUCCUCCGCCUCACCGGCAACUGGCAGAUCUCGCAAUGGGCCACCGCCCGCUCCUUCAAGUACGUCAUGGCGCUCACCACGGGCAUCACCUUUGAGAUCGACGACCCCAACGACUACCUGGGCAAGACGCGCCCGGCCGUCUUCAUCGGCAACCACCAGACGGCGCUCGACGUCCUCAUGCUCGGCUGCAUGUUCCCCAAGUACUGCAGCGUGACGGCCAAGGCCCAGCUCAAGAGCACGCCCUUCCUCGGCUGGUUCAUGCGCCUCAGCGGCAGCAUCUUCCUCGACCGCGCCAACAGCAAGGACGCCAGGGAGGCCAUGCGCGGCGCCGCCGAGGCCAUCCAGGGCAACCGGCAGAGCGUCUACAUGUUCCCCGAAGGCACCCGGAGCAACGCCAAGGAGCCCAUGCUGCUGCCCUUCAAGAAGGGCGCCUUCCACCUAGCUGUCCAGGCCGGCGUGCCUAUUGUCCCUUGCGUUGUCGCCAACUACAGCCAUGUUCUGUCCAUUAAGGAUAUGGUCUUCCGAUCCGGCAAGAUCCCCGUCAAAGUACUGGAGCCCAUACCGACCAAGGGUCUCACUGCUGAUGAUGUGAGCGAGCUCACCAGCACCACCCGGGAGCUCAUGCUGAAAGAACUUAUCAACCUGAGCGCCAAGGCGAAAGGCCAACCAAUCCCUAUUCCGGCUGGUUUCGGCAGCAACGGCGCUACCAAGGCCAGCGGCGUUGAUGUGAAGACGCGGUGA